AUGGCUUCACCAUCAGAUCAAACGGCGAAGAUAAUCGAUGGAAAGGCGAUUGCUCAUACCAUCCGAUCAGAGAUCGCCGAGGAAGUUCGCGAUCUGUCUGAGAAACACGGCAAGGUCCCAGGACUAGCAGUUGUUAUAGUAGGGCAACGAAAGGAUUCGCAGACCUAUGUGAAUAUGAAGAGGAAAGCGUGUGCUGAGGUUGGGAUAAAGUCAUUUGAUGUGGACCUAGCAGAGGAUGUUUGUGAAGCUGAUCUUAUAAGCAAAGUUCAUGAGCUAAAUUCAGAUACAACUGUCCAUGGUAUAUUAGUGCAACUCCCAUUGCCAAAACAUAUUAAUGAGGAGAAUGUUUUGAGUGCAAUCAGCAUUGGUAAAGAUGUAGAUGGCUUCCAUCCAUUGAAUAUUGGUAAGCUUGCCAUGAAAGGCAGAGAACCCCUCUUCCUUCCAUGCACCCCAAAGGGAUGUUUGGAACUGUUAGUGAGAAGCGGCAUAAAGAUAAAGGGGCAACGAGCAGUUGUUGUAGGGCGUAGUAACAUUGUUGGUUUGCCCGUUUCACUUCUAUUGCUCAAGGCUGAUGCUACUGUUACAACUGUACACUCUCACACCAAGGAUCCUGAGGCUAUCAUACGGGAAGCUGACAUCAUUAUUGCUGCUGCCGGACAAGCCCACAUGAUUAAGGGCGACUGGAUAAAGCCAGGGGCUGCGGUGAUAGAUGUUGGUACUAACGCAGUGAACGACCCGAGCAAGAAAUCAGGAUACCGGUUGGUUGGAGAUGUGGAUUACGCAGAAGCUACGAAAGUUGCAGGUUUCAUAACUCCGGUCCCUGGUGGUGUAGGCCCAAUGACAGUGGCAAUGCUGCUCAGGAACACCUUAGACGGUGCCAAGCGAGUCAUUGGCCAGUAA